AUGAGUGAAUUUGAUUUGCUUUCCAUACUUUCAGGGCUGAGUCUGAUUUUGAUUUUGAUUUUAAAUAUUAAACUCACUCUGACUACCAGUUUCAAGAAACAUUCUCCUCCAGGACCAAGACCCUUGCCAGUCAUUGGAAACCUACACGUACUUGGUCUGAAGAGGCCCUACCAAGCCAUGCUGAAGCUCUCCCAAAAAUACGGCUCCAUCUUCAGCCUGAGGAUGGGCCCCAAGAAGGUGGUGGUGCUGUCCGGAUAUGAGACUGUGAAAGAUGCCCUAGUGAACCACUCUGAGGAAUUUGGAGAGAGGGCCCAUGUGCCUAUUUUUGAAAAACUUUUUGAAGGAAAAGGAAUCUCCUUUUCUCAUGGUAACAACUCAAAAAUCAUAAGGAGAUUCACCUUGACAACUCUGAGGAACUUUGGCAUGGGCAAGAAGGCCAUAGAGGAGAGGAUUGUGGAAGAAUGUCAACAUCUAAUACAAGUCUUUGAGUCCCAUCAAGGAAAACCAUUUGAGAUCAGUACAAUAAUGAAUGCUUCCACUGCCAACAUCAUUGCGUCCAUAGUGCUUGGGAAGCGGUUUGACUACCAAGAUCCUCAAUUCCUGAGAUUUCUACAUUUGCUCAGUGAAAAUUUUAGGCUUGCAGGGGGUCCCAGCAUUACGCUUUUCAAUGUGUUCCCAGCCUUGGGAUUCCUUCUGCAAGAUGUCAAAAUGAUGCUCAGGAAUAAGAAUGAAUUGUUUUCUUUUAUAAGAACUACUCUCUUAAACUACUCUCAAAAACUGGAUGAAAACAACCAGAGAACUAUGAUCGAUGCCUUUCUUAUCAGACAACAGGAGGAGAAAGACAAACCUGAUGACUAUUUUAGCAACGAUAACUUGAUGCACCUUGUUCAUACCCUGCUUAGUGCCGGAUCAGAGACCACUUCCUCUACCCUGCACUGGGGAAUUCUACUCAUGGUGAAGUAUCCUGAGAUCCAGGAAAAGGUCCACAAUGAGAUCACCAAAGUUGUAGGAUCAGCCCAGCCUCGCAUUGAACACCGAACUCAAAUGCCGUAUACAGAUGCCGUCAUCCAUGAAAUUCAGAGAGUUUCUAACAUCCUGCCAAUGAGUGUACCCCUGGAAACUACCAGAGAUGUCAUCUUUAAAAACUAUUACAUUCCAAAGGGAACUGAGAUCAUUAUCUUGUUAACUUCAGUGCUCCAAGACCCAACCUGGUGGGAAAAACCUUACGCCUUCAAUCCCCAGCAUUUCCUCAACAUGGAAGAAAAAUUUGUCAAGCCAGAAGCAUUCCUGCCCUUUUCAGCAGGUAAGAGGAAGUGUAUAGGGGAGUCCCUAGGCAAAAUGGAACUGUUCCUGUUUUUUACAAGCCUCCUUCAGAAAUUCGCCUUCCAUCCACCUCCUGGAGUUUCUAACACAGAUCUGGAUCUCACCCCAGGCAUUGGAUUCACAUCACGGGCAACAUCCUACAAGAUCUGUGCUCUGCCAUAUUCCUAG